AUGGAAACCCAAAUAUGCUUCCUGCAUAAAGAAGGACGCCCAGCACCUCAGGGCAGAUUAACUGCACCAGUCACUGAUCGCAAAGCAAAUUUUUUCAUCUCAUCCAUGACAGAGUAUGAUGCAGGGCGAUAUCGCUGUUAUUGUUACAACUCUGCUGGGUGGACUCAGCCCAGUGACACCCUGGAGUUGGUGGUGACAGGUGUCCACCCUGUUAAACCUACUCUGUCAGUUUUUCCAAGUCCUGUGGUGACCUCAGGGGUGAACACGACCCUCCAAUGUGUCUCAUCCAAAGGAUAUGACUAUUUCAUUGUUACUGGGGAAGAUCAGAAUUUCUCCAGGUCCCUCAAGGCACAGUAUAGACACACUGGACAAUCCACAGCUCUGUUUCCUGAGAUCCCUGUGGCAUCCAGUAAGAGUCUGUCCUUUAGAUGUUAUGGAUACUAUACAAAUGCCCCACAAGUGUGGUCAGAGGCCAGUGACCAUCUGGAGAUCCAUGUCUCAGCCAGCACAGGAAUGUUUAGCAAGAGCCAGAUGGAUGACGUUUUACAUAUCCUUCUUGCAGGGUUAUCCAAGAAGCCCUCCCUGCUGACCCAGCAAGGACCUGUCCUGGCCCCUGGAGAGGAUCUGACCCUUCAUUGUUGCUCAGACAUGAGUUAUGACAGAUUUGCUCUGUCCAAGGAGGGUAGAAGUGACCUCCUACAGAUGUCUGCCCAUUUUACACAGGUGGAAGAGUCUCAUGCAAACUUCACCUUAGGUUCUGUGAAAUUCUCCACUGGUGGCCGGUAUAGAUGCCAUGGUUCAUACAUCUCCUCUUCCAAGUGGUCAGCCCCAAGUGACCCUUUGGACAUCCUGAUCACAGGACAAUUUCUUGUCACACCCAACCUCUCAGUGCAUCCAGGCACCACCGUGUCCUCAGGAGAGAAUGUGACCCUGCUGUGUCAAUCAUCAAUCCCAAUGGACAGUUUCUUUCUGUUCAAGAAGGGUGCAUCCCAUUUUUACAUGCAUCAACUAUCAAAGUACCAAGAUUCACAAUAUGAGGCAGAAUUCCCCAUGAGUGCUGAAAUCUCAGCCCUUGGGGGCAUCUAUACAUGCUUUGGUUCUAAUAACUCGUCCCCUUACCUGUUGUCACACUCCAGUGUCCCUGUGGAGAUCAUAGUCUCAGGGCUGGCACGAUAUUCGAAGAUUUUGAUUGGAGUUUCUAUGGGAUUCCUCCUCCUGCUCUUCCUUCUUGCCCUCUUCCUUCUACUCAGACUGAGACACCAGAACAAAUGCAGGAAGGGAGUCCAAACAGAGACCAACUUGCAACAUCCUGCAGAAGCUCCAGAGCCAGUGAUCAGGGACAAAAGCAUCCAGAUGAGCUCUAGACCAACUGCUGGAAUCCAGGAAGAAAUCUUGUAUGCUGCUGUGAAGGGCACAGAGAUUACAGAGGAUGUGAAGCUAGCCAUUGUGAGCCAGCAUAAGGAAGAUCACCCCAAAGACUUAUAUGCCCAGGUUAAACCUUCCAGAUUCAGAAGGGCAGAGCCUUUCUCUCCUUCCCUCAUGCCAAAGGGAUUACUAGAAUCAAAGGACAGAAAUGCAAAAGAAGACCAAAUUGCUGCAGUCAAGGAGCCCGAUGAAGUGACCUAUGCCCAACUGCACAUCAUGACUCCUAGACAGAGGCAGCAGAAUGUCGCAUCUCUCAGGCAGAAAAGUUCAACUUGA